CGUUGUUGGCCACCGUAGAAGGAACUCAAAGACAUUAUAAAUUGUUGUCACUAAGAUCAAGCAGUUAAGUGCAACAGAAGUGGAAAGAGAGCUCCUCGAAACACGCAGACCGACAUUUCGAACUGUCGGCUAAUAAACAGCUGUGAGUUUCCUUGUAGAGCUGCUAAACAUCGAUGUGAAGGGCUUCUAAUCAUGACAACAAGGAAGAGCCCUGAUGUUGCAUAUCAGAAGAUGGCAGAUGUAGAGCCGGCCAGGGGGGAUAGCCUCGCCAAGUCACAGACGUAUAUCCGGUGUGUCCUGCUCGUCACCACCCUGGCCACCGUGCUGCUGGCGCUGUUCUUCCUCCAGGCCCUGCUGGUGCCCGCUCUGCCCUCUCCCUCCACAGACGCCUCCAGCCCCAGGCUGGUCCUGCCGCGCACCUGUUCUGAUGCCUGCAGGAUCUCGUUGGUGGAGAGCAUUCCAGAGGGGCUGGAGUUCAACUCGAGUGCCACACAUCCGUCCAUCUAUAACACCUGGCGUGGCCUGAUCCAAGGGGCUCGCAGCAGCCUGGACAUCGCCUCCUUCUACUGGACCAUGACCAACAAUGACACCAAGACCCACGAGCCCACAGCCAAGCCGGGCGAGGACAUCCUGCAGGAGUUGGGGAAGCUGUCUGGCACUCUCCCCGUCCGCAUCGCGGUGAACACUCCCACAGAAUCUCAGCCCCAGGAGAACAUUAAGUUCCUCAAAAGCUCAGGUGCCCAGGUGCGGACAGUGAACAUGAAGGCCCUGACCACAGGUGUGUUGCACACCAAGUUCUGGGUGAUUGACAAGAAGCACAUCUACAUUGGCAGUGCCAACAUGGACUGGAGAUCUCUUACACAGGUGAAGGAGCUUGGUGCAGUGGUGUACGACUGUGGCUGUCUGGCCGAGGACCUGGGGAAGAUCUUUGAGGCGUACUGGUACUUGGGUCAGAAAGAGAGCAUCCCAUCUCCGUGGCCCAGUGAGUACUCGACGUCCUACAACAAGAACAAGCCCAUGGAGCUGAAGCUCAACGGCACAGACUCACUCGCCUACUUCUCGAGCUCUCCACCUUCUCUCUGUGCCGAGGGCAGGACCCAGGACCUGGACUCCAUCAUCAGUGUUAUUGACGACGCACAGCAGUUUGUCUACAUCGCCGUCAUGAACUACCUGCCCACCAUGGAGUUCUCCCACCCCAAACGCUAUUGGGCGAGCAUUGACACGGCACUGCGUCGCGUGGCGUAUGAGCGGCGGGUGAAAGUGCGUCUGCUCAUCAGCUGCUGGGGCAGCACGUCCCCCCUCAUGUUCCCCUUCCUGCGCUCCCUCGCCUCUGUGCACGACGCCAAGACCAACCUGGACAUCCAGGUGAAAAUCUUCACAGUCCCUGCCACACCAGAGCAGAAACGCAUCCCCUAUGCCAGAGUCAACCACAACAAGUACAUGGUCACCGAUAAAGUGGCUUACAUUGGAACCUCUAACUGGUCUGGGGACUACUUUGUGAACACGGCCGGCUCCGCCCUGGUGGUGAAUCAGACCCAGUCUCAGUCUGCGGACCCCACGGUUCAGCAGCAGCUCCAGGCUGUGUUCGAGAGGGACUGGGAGUCCCCGUACAGUGCCCAGCUAAGCCACAACGCCAUGGACGGCCAAAAGGACCUGUGCCAUAAUGUCUGACACUACACACACACACACACACACACCUCAGGCUUCUGAAGCCACACAUGCGGCAGCUCUGUUCCAAGCCUGAUUGGCUCCCAAAGGGAGUUAUUUUUAAAACUAAAACUUUUAAUUCAGUCAACCACUAACAAAUAGCACCAAUAUUGUCUUAACCGCGAAUUCAAUCAGGUAGUAUUGCUGCUGUGUUUUUGAUUGCGCUUGGAUGCAACAUUGCUAUUUUGGUACCUAAAUGAUCCCAGUGUUGUUAAUUGUAGGUAAACUUGUGCGAUGAGUAUGUUGAGUUGUUUGGGUUCGGAGGAGAACAGUGAGUACUAUGCUGGGUAAUCCUCAUAAGAAGGUAUUCAGUGGACUUUGGAUUGGUGAUUGUGACACAAAUGUUUACACCAAGCGGAAGCCCUGUAUCUGGAUACAUUUUCUUUUAUUAUUUUGGGCACGAUUUUUGAGUAAACAGAGAAUAAACUGCUUUUUAGUAGUUUUUUUUUAAAUUAUGCACUUUGUUUUUCUUAAGAGGGGUACAUGUUUUUUACUCAGACACCAGCCUUAUCUAACCUAAUUAUCUCGCCAGUAUCUCUACAAAAACAUUUUUGGUUCAUCAACUGAAAUACAUUGUAUAUUGCGGUGUUAGCUGCUUUACAAAACCUUCAGUAUUUUUUUUUUUAAUAUGGAUUCAACACUUGCAAUACCUCUGAAAUAUACUUUCUCUUUUGUGUCUUGAGAAGGAUAUUUGGUGAAUGGUGAAUAGUUGAUUUAAUCUCAGGAAGCUGUUGUAAACAGGGUGGUUUGUUUAUUGAUUUGUUUAUGAGGUUCACGUUCUUUAACUUACACAUUGGAGACCAGGGGGGUAUUCCAAGUAUGUGGUUUAAAGGCAAACCUGGGUAAGUUAACUCCGAGUAAGUGGUAAACCUCUUAUGGCAUUGUUUUGUAAGGACAAUGAAAACAUACAGCAUAUCUAUUAGGAGGUUUACCCCUUACUGAGUUAACUUACCCAGGUUUGCCUCCAAACCACGUACUUGGAAUACCCCCCAGUUAAAACAUGAUCACAGCGGCCACAAACUCACUAUGGCUAUUUAAAGCGAAAUUCUUCAUUCUUGGUUCAUUCUUGUUAUUUUAAUACUGAAUCUGAACAUUUUUUUUUUUUUUUUUUUUUUCAAACUUGCCAUUUUCCAUCCCAUGCCCACUGUCUCUCAUGUGACCAAGAGGGAACACUGCUGUUACAAACCUGUUGGACUUUUUGGACAGUUUUGUAUUUAAAAUAAAUGGAUUUGUGAAAAUUA